CGCUAGCUCCUAGGCUUGCAGAAGUCAGUCAUCGACGUUAUCACUCGAUAUGCGGGCUAUCUAAGGCACGGGGUUGUCGUUCACGACUUCACGUUUAUAAGUUCAAUGGUCAACGUGCAACGUUGAGACGUUCAUUGGUCAAUUUGAAUGUGCACCGUGCAAGGGGUUGAGUGGGUAAACCAUUGUCACGCCUGUCACAGCACCCCACACAGGGCAGCGCCGUUCCCGAAAGCAGAGUUGAUACACUGACAUGCCUUCACCAUGCACACAAUCUGGUUCCCAGCACCCGUCGUUGUUCUCUUUCGACGCCUCGUGAACGUCGUCUCUACCUUUUCCAUCUCUCACCACUACCUCAGGCAGCGUCCCAUCUCCAAUCCCGACGCAGAGCCCCCAAGGUCCUGGAGAACUUUCAGGACACUUGCCUGGGUGUCCUCAGUUCUCGGAAAUGUUAGCCAGCGCUCGGAAUUCUCUCUCGCAUUGCAAGGAGAAGGAGAGGACUUUGGCGGACCUGAGCCGUCCAAUAGACCUCCUGAGGGACAUAGACCACAAUACACGACUCCUCGUCCAGUCGACCCGUUACAUACCCUUCUAAACAACCCAGUGCUAUUCGAUCCAAUACGCAAGCCAAGAUACCCCAUUGUACUCUGUCAUGGCUUGUAUGGCUUCGACGUCCGAGGUCCCUCUUCGUUUCCCAUUCUCAGGACCCACUAUUGGGCUAACGUACUUCACGUCUUGCGUAGACGGGUUGGUGCAGAAGUCAUCGUCACAGGCGUACCUGGUAUGCAUAGGACUGGGUCUAUCGCUUCCCGCGCGGAAAAGAUGGAUAAACUCCUCAGCGACAAAGUUCACGGACGUGGUGUCAACUUCCUGGCACAUUCGAUGGGUGGACUAGACUGUCGCCAUUUGAUCUCCCAUGUCCAGCCAGAGAACUAUACCCCAGUCUCUUUGACCACUAUCGGUACACCUCACAGGGGCAGUCCCUUCAUGGACUGGUGCAUGGAAAACAUCGGCCUAGGUAAACUUCGACAACACCAAACCCCAUCCCCAACUCCCGAUCUCGAACAAUCAAAAUCCUCCAAAUCCAGCUUCGCACUCGCCGCCCUAACCUCUCUCCCAUCCUCAUUCACAACCCUCCUCCUCUCCCUCCUCGACUCCCCCGCCUACGCAAACCUAACCUCCACCUACCUCAACUCCAUCUUCAACCCCCAAACCCCCGACUCUCCCUACGUCAAAUACUUCAGCGUCGCCGGUCGAGUGUCCUCACUCAGCGUCUGGCACCCGCUCUGGCUCCCAAAGAUGGUCUUGGACGGGUUCGAAGAAAAGGAACGCGAGAUGGGAAGACUCGUAAGCCCGAACAUACCUGAACACGAAAAGUGGGGAAACGACGGGCUGGUGACUGUGCAAAGUGCACGGUGGGGAGAGUACCUUGGCACGCUUGAAGAAGCUGAUCAUUGGGCUUUACGGGGAGCGAGGGGAUUGGAGUUGGGCGUGGAGCUGCCGAGUAUAAGUGUGCCUGGGCUGAGAGGCGGUAAGUCUGCGUUGAAUGGGGUUGUUGCUGGGAUUGGGAAUGGGAAGAAGGAGGGUGAGGCUUGGAGUAUUGGGGAUUGGAGUCGGUACGUAAGAGCGUGGAAGCGGGAGGAGAAGAGUAUGAAAAGUGCUGGUGCAGACCUCAGUGAACGUCAAGCUCAUAGUCGAGAAGCUGCUGGUGGCGGUGGUGGUGAGAUUGAAGAGAGGAUGAAGGAGAUAGGCGAAGCCGCGAUGAAAAUGAAAGGGAAUGGUAAAGACAUGGGCGACGAAGUGGUCAAAGCGUCGACAGACAAAGUAUCCGCCGUCUUCGAUUGGAUCGUCGAACAAGUUCCAUCUAGGAUUGUGUCUUCUGCAGCAGCAGCUCCAUCUCCGUCGGAGGAGGUUGUUUCUGAACGUGCUGCUACGGCGCGUCGGACGGAGAAGAGUGAUUUGUCUUCCAAGGCUGAUUUGGAGCGGUUCUAUGUGGCGUUGUGCAAGAAACUGUAUGAUGAAGGACUUUAGGUUACUCUGCAUGUCUCCACCAUUAAGUAAAGUACCAUAGCAUAUCAGCACCAUAAUCCUUGUUCGACAACAAAACAAAUGAGCAUUUGAAUGACGAAAUGGCCUCAUACCAGUUCAUUUUUGCUUAACACACAUAGGCACUAGACAGAAAAAAUGUGAUUUAAACAGCGUGCUGUAGAGAUAC